AUGCCAAGCUCCACCUUGCACCCGCCACCAGAGAUCAUAGCAACGUUCCCGAAGCCAAAUUAUGUGAAUCCCGAGACACACGGCCCCGGCUUGAUGGUGGCAUCAGGGCUUCUCUCCGGAGUCGGCAUUAUCGUUGUCGGCGCUCGUCUGUAUGCCAGGUUCUGCAUCACCAAAGCGCCCGGCAUCGAUGACCUUCUGAUCAUACUGGCACUGAUCUUCGGCCUCACCUUGUCUAUUCUAGUCAUGCUAGGCAAUCAGAUCUACUACAACGGGUAUCAUGUUUGGGACAUUCCGGUAGACUCAUACGUCCCUCAUCGAAUCAACGUCUGGGUCGCGCAACUAUGCUACACACUCGCACUCACCAGUGUCAAGAUCAGCGUCCUGCUGUUCUACCGCCGCAUGAGCGUCUCUUUCACGAGAGGCUUCCUCAUCGCGGUUUGGGUAGGCAUCAUCUACAACAUACUCUACUGCAUAGCCUUCGUCCUCGCCCUAUGCCUUCUAUUCCGUCCCCUGCAGGCAUACUGGCUCACCUUCGAUGCUGCUUACUACGCCAAAGGAGAUUGGUCUGCUGGACGGGAAGAAAUAGCCACGCCGGUGUCUGGGAUGUUCAGCGUUGUCGGAGACGCAUACAGCACAGUGCUUCCGCUCCUUCUUAUUAGUCGUCUUUCGUUACCUCGACGACAGAAAUGGGCGCUGUACGCGCUCUUCAGUCUUGGCGCUGCAACGGUUGUGUUCUGCGCCAUCCGUACGUACUACAUGUGGGCGCUGUUCAGACACUGGGACUUCACGUGGACAUUGUGGAAGGCUUGGCUGUUCGGAGAGUUUGAGCUGUGGUCUGCCAUUUAUGCUGCCUCGGCUCCUGCUCUGAAGCCAUUCUUCAAGCGGUUCUUCGAUCGGAAGUCGACUGCUGAAGGAGACUCCAGGGGUGGCGGUAAAGCAGUUUAUGUGGUCAGAGGCGACUCCCAGGGGAAGUUGGGCAAGGUCGAGAAGUACUGGCCGAGCAGCAGGAGUCGGCGCUCGGCUCCACCAGGAUCGCUGGAGGAUGAGGAUGUUGAGCUGGUGGGUGUGCGAGCGACGUCAAAGGGCAAUGGUGAUGAGACUCACGAUGGUGGGAAGGUGGGAUGGGCGACCUUGAGUGGCAAUCACAUUAUCAAACAUGUCGAGUACGACGUUGAGAGAUGCGCGAGUGCGACUGGAGAUGCGGAAGCGCAACCAAAAUGGGACCAGAGGUGGCGGAGAGAGAGUGAUCUACAAAGAUCUGGGACAUUCAGUAUAGCUAGCGGGCCGGCAUCGAGAAGUCCAAGCUAA